AUGUCAAAGAUUGAAGAGAUCGACACACGUGUUAAAGCAUACCUAUACGAUAUUGGCUAUCACAGAUGGUCUCGGGUACAUGCUAUAGUGAACGGAACAUGGACGAUAACAUCAAACAUUGCAGAGUCAUUGAAUGCGGUGAGGGCUUCAACAAAUUACAUCCAUACUAUGGUAGAUGGUGUGAAGCGCUUCAUUGUUUGCCUUCAAAACAAGAAAUGUAGUUGUGGACAAUUCCAACUUGAUGAACCUCCUUGUGCACAUGCUUUGGCGGCUUUGAGGUACAGGAACGAGUCUUAUGAAAACUAUUGUUAUCCUUAUUAUACUAGGGAGAGCCUUCUGCAGACUUAUGAAAUACCAGUAGACCCGUUACCUGACGAAAGCAAAUGGAAUGUGCCACAACAUAUAGUUGAAGAAGUUGUAAAGCCACCUACCGGAAAAAAGCAACCGGGGCGACCUCAAAAACAAAGAUACAAAUCAUAUGAUAAAGUAAAUGCAAAAAAGUAUAAGAUUUCAUGUGGCAACUGUUGA